CUUAAAUGGUUAGAGCUUCUCUCCCGAUUUCAAGGAAUCCUGAGAUUGAUUCGUUUUUUUCGUUGUUUGUUUUUUUUUUUUUUUUUUUUUUUACGGAACGAUGUGCAUGGUACAGAUGCCUGUAAUAACUAACCACACACUAUGUUUUACCUCUAAUCCUUUAAUAAAUGGUAGGAGUACAAAAUUACGCCUUUUAAUUACAACUAAAUAAAACUUGUACUUGUUGAACAAAAUCAAAAGGGAUUACCAAAAACCCAUAAAUUAUAAAACCCUGGGUUUAAAAUUUGUCAUCAUCAAAAACAAUGAGCGGAGUAAGCGGAGGUUUACGUCAAUGGGGAUUGCGCCACCACUUUCAAUACUCUUCCACAACCACUCAUCUCCGCCGCCAUUUAUACUCCUCCUUCUGCUCCUCCUCUACUUCUUCUUCAUUUCCGAGAAGAGAGAAAAAACAAAAAGUUAUUGUCAUCUCCGGCCCCACCGGCGCCGGUAAAUCUCGCCUCGCUUUCGAGCUUGCUAAGCGCAUUAAUGGUGAAAUUAUCACUGCUGACUCUGUUCAGGUCUAUCAAGGUCUUGAUGUUGGGUCUGCAAAACCUUCACCGAGUGAGCGAAAGGAGGUACCUCACCAUUUGUUGGACAUGUUGCACCCAGCUGAAGAAUAUUCUGUUGGUCGAUUUUAUGAUGAUGCAAGGCAAGCAACAAGAGAUGUCCUUAACAAGGGCCAUGUUCCUAUAAUUACUGGAGGAACUGGUUUGUAUUUGCGUUGGUUCAUCUAUGGCAAGCCUGAUGUUCCAAUAGCAUCGCCCAAUGUUACUUCCCAAGUGUAUGCAGAGCUUGAAAAUUAUAAAUAUAAUGGGGAUUGGGAUGCAGCUGUAAAGUUGGUGCUUGAAGCGGGAGAUCCGAACGCCCCGUCUUUACCAACAAACAAUUGGUAUCGCCUACAGCGUAGCCUUGAGAUUAUUAAGUCUAGUGGAUCGCCUCCAUCAGCCUUCCAAAUGCCAUAUGAUUCCUACAAAGAGAAACUCAAUUUAGCUGCAACGGAUGAUUGUCAAAACAUGGAUGGAAUGCAAGGGGGGCAAUUAAAAGAACUAGAAUAUGAUUUCAUUUGCUUUUUCCUUUCAGGCCCCCGACUAAAUUUGUAUAGAUCAAUUGAUUUGCGAUGUGAAGAGAUGCUUUCAGGUAGUGAUGGGAUUCUAGCAGAGGCCAAAUGGCUUCUAGACAUAGGUCUUCUUCCCAAUUCAAGUCCUGCUACCCGAGCAAUUGGUUAUCGACAGGGCAUGGAGUAUCUCUUGGAAUGCAGAAAACAAGAUGGUCAGAGCUCUGCAAAGGAAUUUUUUUCCUUUCUUUUUGAAUUUCAGAAGGUGUCCAGGAAUUUUGCCAAAAGACAAAUGAUAUGGUUCCGUAAUGAUCCUAUUUAUCAUUGGCUUGAUGCUUCUCAACCCUUGGAGAAGCUUCUGGACUUCAUUCAUGAUGCGUAUCAUGAUCAGAGUUCUACUUUAACUGUACCAGAAUGGCUAUGGAUAAAGAAAGAUGCACCCAACCGUCAAGAACAGAAUGAAUAUAAAACUUAUAUGACGAAAAAUAGCUAUUUUGUUAAACCCGAAGAUUGUGCUAAUAUUCUGGCAUGGAUAAGAACUGAAGGUAAUAUAGCAGGAACGCUUCCUACUAGCCGCUGCAGCACACUAUAGAGGAAUUAUCAUUUAGGAAGAAUCAUAGUGCCUUGCAAGAAUUACUGUCAAGUGUUCGAUUCCUGUCUCACGCUUGUGCCUCCCUGACUGAUCUACCUAACAGAACAUUUUUGUUUAUACAAUACGGCUACAUCUGUUCGCGCUACAAAGCUUUGAUGAGUGUUUAUUUUUCCCACUCUUUCUGUCUUUCACCUAUUCCGGUGAAAAUCAGUAACACAAGCAAUUGAAUGUCGUCAUGUACUCUUAAUCCCUUUAUACCAUUUUUUUUGUUCAUUUUAGUUAUGUAAUAAAAUACUACGUAUGUAGGUUUUUACAAAAUUUGCAAAAUUGCCUAAAUAAACAACCGAAUUCCUUCUA